CUAAAAAAAGAGGCUGGGACACUAGUUCUUGCAUGAUUUCUACUAUUUAAGCCAUCAACACCUAACAGAACACGAGACUUGGGAAAUUGAAGUGAAAGUGAAGGCAAUUGAAGAGCUCCAUAACCCAAAUGGCUCUAGUGAAGGUUCCAUUGCCAACCCACAUGUCAAUGAACUUGAGCAUAGCAUCUCACAAACGAACCAAUUCAAUCUGCAUCUGCAUGGCUAAGAGUAGUGAGGUGAAGCUCAUUGGUAAAUGGUCCAGUCCUUAUACAAUGAGGGUGAAGAUUGCUCUCAACAUCAAAUCCCUUGAAUAUGAACACUUUGAAGAAACCAUGAACCCCAAGAGUGAGCUUCUUCUUCACUCCAACCCUGUCUAUGCCAGAGUCCCUGUUCUCAUCCACCACGACAAACCCAUAUGUGAGUCUUUGGUCAUAGUUGAAUACAUAGAUGAAACAUGGUCCACUGCUCCUUCCAUCCUUCCCUCUCAUCCUUAUGAUAGAGCUCUUGCUCGCUUUUGGGCUACUUACAUAGACGAUAAGUGGUUUCCUACCAUUAGAAGCAUUUUGUUUGUUGAAGAGGAGGAAGAAAGGAAGGCAUACUUUGAGGUGUUGGAAGAAGUGCUUGAGAGGUUGGAGGAUGCUUUUGAGAAAUGCAGCAAAGGAAAACCCUUUUUUGGUGGAGACAUGAUUGGAUUCCUUGAUAUUGCUUUUGGGUGCUUUCUGGGAGUGCUCAGUGCAGCAGAGCAUAGGUGUGAGAGGAAACUACUUACUGAAGCAAAGGCUCCUGCUUUGGUGAAAUGGGCUGAGAGAUUUGCUGCUGACCCAUCUGUUAAGGGUCUUAUACCUGAGACUGAUAAGCUUGUUGAGUUGUCCAAGUCUCUUCAGAUCAAAUGGAGAGCUUCUAUUGGAAAGAAAUAGAAUUUGGGAGUGGGAGUUGCUUGUGCUCAUCAUCUUCACAUACCUUUGAUUUUCUUCCCCCUUCAGCUUUUCUUGCUAUCAUGUCAUUUGUAAUCGCAGCUCUGUAUUAAGUUACUAGUUCACUUUGUAUUUCGGUCUCAGGUUGUGUUGUUAAACAACUUCUCCGCUUCACUUUAAGUUUCAUAAUCUGAUUAUGAGUUUGUUUGACUAUAGAAUAAAAUUAUUUUUAAGAGUUUC